AUGAAGAGUUUUGUGGAGUUUCUCUCAAGAAUUGGAUGUAUUUUAGUGAUCAUUGAAGAUGUGCAAGAGGUAAGAUUGCUUGAAGUGGAUGAAGAAACUAUAUCUAUAGAGUUUCAAAACAUGGAAAGUGAGGUUAUAUAUACUAUGAAAAUGUUAUUACCAGGGAAUUUCACAAUUUCUGAUAGAAAUGUGUCAUUUAAAUCAAUUGAACAGAAUGUUUUCCAACUCCGAUUGAAAGCAAAAUGUAAUGACAUUGUACCAUCGUCAGGAUUUGAUAAUGAAAUCCAGGAGAAAUGGUGUAAAAGAGGGUUGUCCCAGUUAGGCCAUUUUACCUUCAAUUGUAUAAAUUGUAAUAAUAGGAUAAUUUCUAUGGAAAAUUUUACAAGAUUGAAUGAUAUGCCUUCUGAACAUUGGGAAGAAUUAAUGGAUUAUUGGCAUUGCCAUAAACCCUCAAUAAACGAUGCAAAUGAAUUGGGUACCAGCCUCUAUUCUAGAAAAUUUAAACAUACGUUAAGACCGAUAAAAACAGAGUUAUUAUUUGGAGGUUCGAAUAUUCUUUGCCUACCUGAAUCACUUGAGUUAGAAACCACAAUAAACGAUAAAGAAAUAUGUUGUAAAGGAUGUGGUAAUGAAUUAGGGGAAAGGACAAAGGACAAUCUUUUCAAAAUAUACAAAUGGAAUCUAAAAUUAUACAAGAAUAAUGAAGAAUAUGAGACCUUUGACCCAAUUGACGACAUAUUGAUGUCAUUACUAAAUUUUGCAAAAGAACAAUCUGGUAGGUACAUUUCAAUAUCUUACAAAGAAACAAGACUGUUACUCUGGUUAUUUAAUACAGGAUUACAUAUUACUACAUCAGAGAGCCAUACACUGAAAGAUGCAAAUAAGAUCCUAUACACCACAGAUAAUGAAUUGAUAAAUGCGACGAUACAAAACCAUAAUAUUGAAGAAAUAACGGUGCAAUCAUCACCUUUUCAAGGGUGUAUCUCCGAGCUUCGACAAAGUAAUGAGGCACUACCUAUAUCGUUACAAAAAUUUGGUAAGUGGUCCGUGGGCUACUUGGAACUAUAUAAUCAUUCCAACUAA